AUGGCUAUUGGCCAGAAGUCUCCGCGCAGCUCCAACUGCCGACACUAUGCCCAGCCGCUGACAACACCACGAACAGCGCGUAGACGCUCCUGUCUGCGCAAGGACAGCGCCUUUACGAGUGACGUUGCGCCCCGGGGAUCGCGGCUGGAUGAGCUGUCCACGACCAAGACGAUCACGGUCAGCUACUCGUCCAGGAAGCCAAAGAAGACGGUCUCGUUCGCUGACCAGCGCGGCCAGUGCCUUGUGCUCGAGCGAGAGUUUGGCCGCGAGGACGCGCCUGUGUGCUACUGCGACAGUCCGAGCGAAGUCACGGUCGACCGAUUGAUCAGUCAACGCCGCGGCAAUAGCGUCAACAAGUGGAUGGAAGAGACGCUUGCGCACCAGCAUUUGCUCUCUAUGUGCAUCGUCUCACUGAUCGGCUGCGCCUUUAUCGGCUUUCGUCCGACUACCAAGUAG